CGUUGAUUGUUGCCGUCCAAGGUGCAAGGAGGAAAGACUUCGUAGAUCGAAAAGUUUUCAGGUCAAGAUUUUGUUUGUUUGAGAAGUUUUGAGAGGACAACCCACCGCCAGGUGGUGACACCGUGGCAUCAUGAGGAUUGAGAAGUGUUACUUCUGUUCCUCGAGCAUUUAUCCUGGACACGGCAUACAGUUCGUGCGAAACGACUGCAAAGUUUUCCGGUUCUGCCGGUCAAAAUGCCACAAGGCUUUCAAGAAGAAGCGUAACCCACGUAAGAUUAGAUGGACAAAGGCUUUCAGAAAGUCUGCUGGCAAGGAGUUGGCAGUGGAUCCGUCAUUUGAAUUUGAGCGAAAACGUGAUGUCCCAGUUAAAUACAACAGACAACUCUGGACUAAAACAGUGGGCUCUAUUAAACGUAUUGAGCAAGUGAAGGGCCGCAGACAGUCGCAAUUUAUCAAGAACAGAAUGCGAGCUGGUCAGAAGUUGGCUGACGACCGUCACGUCAAGGAGGUCGAGGAUCACAUCCACUUGAUCGAGAACCCUGUGAUCGACAGGAAGAAGAUGCUGGAGAAGACCAGAGCAAAGAGAAAAGUCACGAGAAAAGCACCGGCUGCCAUGGAAACAGAGUAGCAGUGGAGCGCUGUAAAUUAUGGGACACAUAGUUAAUGCUUUUUUUUCUUCUCAUGAAACUCACUGCAUGCUGUACAUAAAACAAUGUGUAUUCUGUUAUCGUAGUGAAGCUCAUGAAACACACUACGUGCUUAGUACAUGUACUUGAAUGAGUACCUGCCUUUGUAAAUACCACUAUCAUGUGAUGCCGGAGUAUGGCUGCUGUCCCAUGAUGUACCCCCUGAA